GAUUGAUUGGCGUCGCGAAGGAGGAGGUUUUUGUUUCUAGUCACUUAUAUAUCGGAACAAAAUAAAAAGUUUUUCUUGCUUGAUUUUUGUUGAAACAAAAAACGCGAAGCAUGUCGGAACUGAUUCGUCUUCGUUCUAUGGAGCGGCCCGUGCUGCCACAAGUCUUGAAAGGCGCGGUCGUUCCGGUGGAAACGGGUAGUUCGUUUUCUUCCUCUAGUACAAGCUCCACAACAUCACCGGCUAAACAGCAGAAAACAACUCCAGUAGCAACUGUAUCAUCCACCGCAUGUGAAAGAAGCGGAGGUGCGAAGAACGCAGGUUCUAAUUCCUCGCAAGUAGAAGUAGACCACGUUCAACAUCAACAUCUCUCCCAGCCAGACAAGCCGCCGCCCAUCAUCC